CGUACAAUGUAUGGUCGAAUAGUUUUCAUUAUUUGUGCAUAUAAGAUGUGUGUUAGGAAUCAUUUUGUGGGAAUAUUGAUAAUUAAUUUGGUUAUCACAGCGCAUUGUGCCGUCAAGACGUUUCGACAUGAUAAUGACAUCUUCAAUCCCAAAAACUGGGUCGACGGUAGGCCACAAGAGCACUGCGAUGGCCUCGUUUUUCCAGAGAUUUCGUUCAAUUUUUAUUCAAUUGACGAACUGAAGAUCGAUAGUUGGGUGUUGUCGAAGGAUUGCCAAAUCGUAUUCGGUGAAAAUGCUAGAAUCGACUUCAAUACGGAAUCAGAAAUGAACUGUGUUGAACUGAAACCUAAAGAUCCGUAUUACUGGACAGAUCCGAAUAGUUGGAAUACAGUUGGUAAAGAAGAAAACUAUGCCAUACCGCACAUGGAGAGGCUGCCUUGUGAAUACGAUGACGUAGUUUUUCCUCGCGGAAACCUAUCUGGGUCAGUAUAUUACUUUGGAGAAGAGGUGAAAAUGAAAAGUCUCAGAUUUGGCAAUGAUUCCUGGACAGAUGAGAAUCUGAGAAGUGAUUCGGCGACGAUGGCCAGUAAAUACACGAUCUUCACCUUGGAAGAUCUGCAGGAUGCUUUCUUCGUAACGAACAAAGGAUGCGAUGAUGUAACCGGUUGCAUUUGUGGAAAUGCUGAGGCUUAUGUUGGUGUCUGUGACUCAGUACCCACAAAAGAUGAUUUCAGAUGUACCGAUCCUGUGACUCCUGUUGGAUUUUGUCAACCAAUAUGUGGAGCAAGCAUUGUGGUCAUACCUCCAAGAAAUUUCGAACUCGCAGAAAUGGAGAGAACUCUCAAGCAAUUCACAUCGGACACAUACAUCAGUAAAGUGCGAAAUGAUAGCGGAAAUGAAUUUUUGCAAAUCAUAUUUGCUGAAAAAGAAUUCACCGGUAACAGUUUGGAUGAAGCUAAGCAAUUAUAUGAACAAAUAAAAUUAGAUCAUAGUUCCAGCCAUGUCACUUUGUAUGCUUCAGGGCCAUAUAAUAAUAGUGAAGAAAAUGUAAAUAAUGCAGUUUCGGUAGUAUUUGGAACAUUAUGUGGGGUUGGUUUGGUCUUCGUUAUCCUAUUUGUUAUGUAUUCUCCCAAUGAUACAGCGAUAAUACUGAGAAAUAGAUUGAACAUCGGAUCCAGCCACCUGCCGAGUUUUAAAACGGCCUACUUUACCAGGCACAGUAGUGUCGCUGAAGACGCAGGACUUAUUUUCGAAGGGCAAUCCAUGGCGAGUUCUCUUUUGAGUCUGGACAAGUCUUUCGAUAAUCCUAUGUUUGGAAAAGAUGAGAAAUCGACACCAUCAACAUCUAGUCCGCGCUAUGACAUGGGCAAUAAAGAUGCUGUCAAUACUGGCGAUGCAGAGGAAUCCAAUCACUUAGAGUCAGGAGCUGAAAUGGAAGAAUCCAUGCCUGACAUAAAACAGAAAGAUUUUGACAAUAUUUCGGAAGGUGAAUUGGUUGAUUUGUCCGACAUGUGAAUAUUUUUGUAAAACUAUGUGCAGCAACAAUAUAUAUGAAUAUAAUUGUCAGUUUGA